AUGGAUUCCAAAGAAAGACAACGAAUUCGUUCACGUGGUGGGUUAAAUAUGGCUGGUAAAUUAAUCAAAGCAAGGAAAGAUACUCUCGUCAAGGAAAAGUUCGUUUUCGGCAAUGUGUCCGUGGUUGUUACUCGCGAUCAUAUCCUUCCAUCGCAGUGCCAUCAUCCGGAACCAAUGAAUAACUAUUGGUCACAGUGUCAGGUUUGUGAAUAUACGCAUAUGCUAAAAUUGCCGCAGUUACCGGAUAUGAUAUUUCCUAAUAAUUCGGUGGUUAUUACGUAUCUGGACGAACCAGAAUUGCAAAUCAGUUUCAAUGCUUUUGAUGCCUUGAAGUCGGUCGACGUCACUUCAUAUCCCAACGUAGAGAUUGGACCAAGCGAGCAAUGGCAGCGGUCGAGAAGUAAUGUGAAUUGUUUACGAAGAAGUAAUCGACCGUUCGAUUGGACCUACACAAGUAAUUACAGAGGGACUGUGAAAGGUUACACGGUAUUACCAACUGAGGAGACAAUUUCAAUAGAAAAAUUGAAACGUCGUGAUCCAAUUGGUUUUUAUUCACAGCUGACACUCUAUGAAGAUGAAUUAGCUGAUCACGGAUCAUCCGAGAUGAGCAUACGUUUGCGAGCCAUGCCAACCUGUCUAUUUCUUCUCUGUCGUUUCUACCUUCGAGUCGAUGGUGUUUUGGUCCGCAUUUGUGACACAAGACUUUAUAAGGAUCUUGAAUCAGACGCAUUUUUGAGACAGUGGACACGUCGUGAACUGAAAUUGGUCAAUUCAUCACCACUGGUGCGAAACAAUGUAUUGAAUCCAGAUUUUAUUUAUGAUUACUUGCCAAUCGUGGAAGAAGAAAUGACAAAACUAAUCCCACUACGAUGUUGUAUUUGA